AUUGGAAUAUCCCGCCAAGGAUCGUGGGGUUCCAUGGAGCUGCAUAACAACAGUAACUCUUGUACAAGCUUUGACAUUUCCAGGAGUUCAUCUCUGGCACCAGAAAAUUUGAGUAAGUCCCAGAGGAUCCGCAACAAAAGUGUGAGUUUUGAUGAUAAUCUACCAUAUGCAGAAAAUCCAAGGUUGAUCUACAUUAAUGAUCCUAGGAAAACUAAUGACAAAUAUGAGUUUACUGGGAAUGAGAUUCGGACUAGCAAGUAUACACUUAUCACCUUCUUGCCCAAGAAUCUUUUCAUUCAGUUUCAUCGAGUGGCUUAUUUGUAUUUCCUGGCUAUUGCUGCUCUCAAUCAACUUCCACCUCUAGCAGUCUUUGGAAGAACUGUCUCUCUUUUCCCACUCUUGUUUGUGCUUUGUGUCACGGCAAUUAAAGAUGGUUAUGAGGAUUGGCGAAGACACCGGUCUGACCGGAAUGAAAACCGAGAGGCAUUAGUUCUCCAGGCAGGGGAAUUUCAAAUGAAGAAAUGGAAAAAGAUAAGAGCUGGAGAGGUUGUCAAGAUCCAUGCUGACGAGACAAUUCCUUGUGACAUGGUUUUGUUAGGGACAAGUGAUCCUAGUGGACUUGCCUACAUCCAGACCAUGAAUUUGGAUGGUGAAUCAAAUCUGAAGACAAGAUACGCCAGGCAGGAAACAGCUUCUUCAAUAUUUGAAGGUUGUAAUGUAUCGGGGUUGAUCGGAUGCGAGCAGCCUAAUAGGAAUAUUUACGAGUUCACAGCCAAUAUGGACUUCAACGGAUAUAUAUUUCCCCUCAGCCAAUCAAACAUUGUUUUGCGUGGUUGUCAGCUGAAAAACACUGAUUGGAUAAUAGGUGUGGUGGUUUAUGCUGGGCAGGAAACAAAAGCAAUGCUAAAUAGUGCAGUUUCCCCUUCAAAGCGAAGCAAAUUGGAAAGCUACAUGAACAGGGAAACACUCUGGUUGUCCAUUUUCCUUCUUGUUAUGUGUUCUGUUGUUGCUGUUGGUAUGGGCCUUUGGCUCCAUCGUCACAAGGAUGAACUUGAUACCUUGCCUUAUUACAGAAAAACAUUCAUAAGAAACGGAAGGGAGAAUGGUAAAACAUACAGAUAUUAUGGGAUCCCUAUGGAAACAUUUUUCUCCUUUUUAAGUUCCAUUAUUGUCUUUCAGAUAAUGAUACCGAUCUCUCUUUAUAUUACUAUGGAGUUGGUUCGCUUGGGACAGUCUUAUUUCAUGAUUGAAGAUAAACACAUGUAUUGCAGCAACUCUGGCUCAAGGUUUCAAUGUCGAUCGCUGAACAUAAAUGAGGACUUGGGUCAAAUACGAUAUGUGUUUUCUGACAAAACAGGGACACUUACUGAGAACAAAAUGGAAUUUCGAAAAGCAAGUGUCUAUGGGAAAGAUUAUAGAAGCUCCAAUUUUACAGAUGACUCACUGCAGGACGACAAGAUCAGAGAUGCAGCUGUUUCAAGCAGAUGGAAGCUUAAGUCUGAAAUUUCUGUUGAUUCGGAACUUAUGGAUUUGUUGCAUAAAGACUUGACUGGAGAUGAAAGAAUUGCUGCACAUCUGUUCUUCCUCACUCUGGCUGCAUGUAAUACUGUGAUCCCAAUUGUUUCCCAGGAUGCUUCUUCCAAUCAUGGAAGAAGUGAAUCAUGGGGAGAGGUGAAAGCUAUUGAUUAUCAGGGUGAAUCUCCAGAUGAGCAAGCACUAGUUUCUGCAGCCUCCGCUUAUGGGUAUACUCUCCAUGAACGAACAUCAGGUCAUAUUGCGAUCGAUGUCAAUGGUGAUAAACUAAGGUUGGAUGUUUUGGGGUUGCAUGAGUUCGAUAGUGUACGCAAGAGAAUGUCAGUUGUUAUAAGAUUUCCAGACAACACAAUCAAGGUGUUGGUGAAAGGUGCUGAUACCACAAUGUUCAGCAUUUUAGCAAGAGACAUUGAGAAGGGUGAUCAGAUAAGACAAUUAACUCAAAGUCAUUUGACUGAGUAUUCUUCAGAAGGUCUUCGCACUCUUGUAGUUGCUGCAAGGGAUCUUACAGAUGCAGAACUUGAGCAGUGGCAAUACCAAUAUGAAGAUGCAAGCACUUCUUUAAUUGACAGAGCUGCAAAACUACGUCAAACAGCAGCUUUAGUAGAAUGCAACUUAAAUUUACUUGGUGCUACUGCAAUUGAGGAUAAGCUACAAGAUGGUGUACCUGAAGCCAUUGAGGCUCUUCGGCAAGCAGGAAUAAAAGUUUGGGUUCUGACUGGAGAUAAACAGGAAACAGCAAUUUCUAUUGGACUCUCAUGUAAACUUCUGACUGCAGAUAUGCAACAAAUAAUCAUAAAUGGUAAUUCAGAGGAAGAAUGCAGAAGUCUUUUGACUGAUGCAAAGACCAGAUAUGGAGUGCAACCUGCAAAUAGAAAAAACAAAAACUCGAAAAGGAGCAAUAACCCUGAAAUUGGUUAUUUUGAGAUACCGGAUGAUGCAAAAUCUUCCAAUGUGCUACAGCAAUGUUCUGGAAAGGAAGAACCUGAUGUUUGUGCACCCCUUGCACUUAUAAUUGAUGGAAACAGUUUGGUCUAUAUUUUGGAGAAGGAUUUACAAUCAGAGCUUUUCGAUAUUGCAACUUCCUGCAAGGUAGUGCUCUGUUGUCGUGUUGCACCCCUGCAGAAAGCCGGGAUUGUGGAUCUUAUCAAAAGCCGCACUGAUGACAUGACACUUGCUAUUGGUGAUGGAGCUAAUGAUGUUUCAAUGAUCCAAAUGGCGGAUGUUGGUGUCGGAAUAUGUGGGCAGGAAGGACGACAGGCUGUGAUGGCAUCAGAUUUUGCCAUGGGCCAGUUCCAGUUUCUGAAAAGAUUACUGUUGGUGCACGGUCAUUGGAAUUACCAGCGCGUUGGUUACUUAGUUCUUUACAACUUCUAUCGCAAUGCUGUUUUUGUGUUGAUGCUAUUCUGGUACAUAUUAUGCACAGCCUUUUCAACCACUUCUGCAUUAACAGAUUGGAGUAGUGUAUUUUAUUCUGUUAUAUAUACAUCUGUCCCUACUAUUGUUGUUGGCGUUCUUGACAAGGAUUUAAGUCAUAAGACACUCCUAAAGUAUCCUAAACUUUAUGGUGCGGGGCAUAGACAUGAGGCAUAUAAUCUUCAACUCUUCUGGAUCACAAUGAUUGACACACUAUGGCAGAGCCUUGUUCUGUUCUAUAUACCUCUCUUCACAUAUAAGGAGAGCUCAAUUGAUAUAUGGAGCAUGGGCAGUUUGUGGACUAUAACCGUUGUUAUUCUUGUUAAUAUACACUUGGCAAUGGACAUUCGUCGUUGGGUAUUCAUAACUCAUGCUGCAGUGUGGGGAUCAAUAAUGAUCACAUAUGCCUGUAUGGUGGUCUUGGAUUCUAUACCCAUCUUCCCAAAUUACUGGACAAUCUACCAUCUGGCAAAGUCACCCACCUAUUGGCUCACCAUUUCGCUUAUAAUAAUUAUGGCUUUACUUCCCCGCUUUCUUUUAAAAGUUAUACAUCAGAUUUUUUGGCCUUCAGAUAUCCAAAUAGCAAGAGAAGCAGAGAUACUAAGAAAAGUUACUCCUAAUUUGAGGUCAUAGUCUAAUGAAGACUCCAGUUAACAUGUACAUUACACCCUGUUUUGAAAUAGUUACUCAAGCCUAUCCGUCAUACGGCUGUCCCGUGGCAUGCAAUUGUAAGUUAUGGUAAGUGCAUAUUCCAAUCUUUGUGUUACAAGUUUCAUACACCUGUUACUAAUGGAAUUAGUCAGCAUUAGUAAAGGAUUCUUUAUGCUUCCUCUGUGAAUGUUUCCCCACAAUUCCGGACUUUAACAAUGAAAUGGACAGAAUGUGACGAUCCACUUACUGAUAUCAUAAAGAAAAAUUAUCUGUUGUGAUA